AUGUCAGAAGCAUGGUUAUGGUUUGCAAAAUAUUAUCCAUCAAAACCUUUGGAAGUUUUACUUGUUUUUUUAUUAGUCUUGGAGAUACUAGGAGCAUUAGUCUUGCUCUUGGAAGGUAAUACUAUAGAUAGUAACGAUUCUUCCGAUGUACCCGAUCAAGACAAUACCAGAGAAAUCAGUCGAUCAUUGGUUAAUACUACCUCUAGCGAAACAAAUUCUGAUAACCAUCUUGAACGGACAGAAAAUAGUUCCGAUCACAUUUCUGAUGAUUCUCCUGAAACAAAUUUUAAUGAUUCUUCUAAACAAAUAAACUUACGAUGUGAUGGGUCAAAGACUCGUACCAAAGACAUUGACAUUCCGGCAUCUGGUAUAUCUGAUAUUACUUCAAACCCUGAUAAACAUCAGGAAGAGACGAAGUCCAGAGUCACUAAUUCAUCUCCAACCACAACUACAUACACAAAGCUUAAAUUGUUAAAAGAAAAGGAAGUAGAUGAUUUCUUUGAUUUACUAGAAAAAGAAAGGAUUAGUAAUAUAAUGAGAGAGAGAAAUAGGAAAAAAAAAUUUCAAUGUGAAUCACCUAGCCAGGAGGCAUACUCAGUUUCCCAGAAUACUGCAUCUAUGUCCCAUGGUUGGAAAAACGAACAGGGCUUGAUUCGAGAAAUGAUUUUAUCCAAGAAAGAAAAGCAUAUGACUGAAAUUUCAGCGAACUUGAUUCGCCCAAAUAAUGAAACUUCAAUAACCCCGUCUAUUCUAGCCAUGUCCCGGUUGUCACCAGAUAAUGGAGAUAUUAUUAGUCUAUAUAAAAAUGCAUGUAAUGCGGAAGUAGGUGCUAUCAAAGCUAAUCAAGAAGAAAUAUUACAUUGGUGUUUCUAUGCUAGAAAAUUCAAAAGCAUGUAUAAAGAUUUUAUGGUCAACAAUAAAGUCGAGGAAAAGAAGGCAAAAGGUCAGGUUGAGAUAUGUGAGGAGACGCUCGAAGAGCGCCCCAUAGGACCUGAAAAAUAUUUACUGGAUGUAAGUAAUGAUCGAGAUUCCGGUUAUGAAUGCGAUUUUAAAGAUGUCUACGAUAACGACGAAGAUGAUUCACAGACUUCAUCGCCAGAGAACGGCCGACACGAAGCUAUGACUUCUCCUAAGUAUCCAAAGACACAAGGGAAGUUCUCACCGCCAGAGAACGGCCGACAUGAGAAACUUCAGCAAAAUCAAUAA